AUGCAUGCACUCUGCUUGAACUUUACACCGCAAUAUAUAGAGAAAGCGAUGCGCCUACGAGCAAAGCUACCUGAUUUCAUGUCCAUACUUAGGCGAGAAGGAAUUUUGUUUCUUAACACUCGAUAUUAUUCCCAAAAUGCGCCUCGAAGGAUUUUGCAUCUGGUCUUGAACCUGAACCUGACAAAGCCUUCCAAUGAUCAUCGCCAUAAUGAGAAUGCCAUUUACAAAAUGGUCAAGCCAAUUACUCCUAACGACAUGUAUGUUUCCUGUACCACCUUCAACAAAUCAGGAAACUUGAUAGCGGUAUCUCAGAAAUAUCCGAAGGCAACUUUUUUGAAGCAGAAUAACUUAUUUCCUAGAGAUUUGAGAAAAGUCGAUACAUCUUCUAUUGAUGUGGUACCCUCUAUAAUGGUUCGUCCAGCAAAUGCCAUAAUCGUUAAUCUAUUGCAUAUCAAAGCUAUCAUUCAACGUGAUAAUGUUAAAAUUUUUGAUACAUCUACUCCUUCAGUUGCUAGCAAGCUAGGCUUGUUUAUGUACGAUUUAGAGUUGAAGCUUAAAACUCCAAGUGCCCUUCCCUACGAGUUUAAAGCGCUAGAGAGCAUUCUAAUAAGUGUUUUGAGCUACUUGGAAGCGGAGCUACAAACGCAUUUGGCAAGUUGCGGUAUGGUAUUGUCAGAACUAGAGGAUAAUAUUAGUAGAGAGAGUCUCCAACAACUACUCAUUAAGCUGAAAGAUCUAUCUGGGUUUUACCAAAGAGCGACUUUGAUCAGAGACGUUUUGGAAGAGCUCUUGGAUAAUGAUGAAGAUCUAAAUGGUAUGUACUUGACAAGUUCAAGAAAGUACAACCCAUCAGACGAAGUUUCGGACUACUCUGAGGUGGAAAUGAUACUUGAAACAUAUUACAAGCAUUGUGAUGAAGUUGUGCAGCAGGCUGGCUCUUUAAUCAGUGACAUCAAGGCCACAGAGGAGAUUCUGAACAUCAUUCUCGACGCCAAUAGAAAUGCUCUUAUGCUUUUUGAGCUUAAGGUUACAAUUUACACUUUGGGAUUUACGGUAGCAACCCUUGUGCCCGCAUUCUAUGGUAUGAACUUAAAAAACUAUAUCGAAGAAUCUUACUACGGAUUUGGUGCCGUGGUUGUCGUUUCUCUUUUGCAAGGGCUUCUUUUGACAUUAUGGAAUUUUAAGAGACUUCACAGAGUGCAAAAGCUUACUAUGAUGUCCAACCAAAAUCAUUAUCCUAGCAAGCUAGGAUCUCGGUUUUCUUACCUUCCAUGGUUUCACAGACGGUAUUGGAAUAGAGUUUUAUUUGGAGGCCAAACGAAGUAUCACAAGCCCACGAACAAGGAAAGGGAUGUAAUUUGGCGCAUGAUUAAUGAUGACAAACCAUAUCGCUAG